UGUUUUCUUCAGUGUUGUGUGAUUUGAUAUCAAAUUUUUGAUCUCCUCCAUGAUGGUAGAUCAAUCAUGUAUACUUUGAAGCACUGUAGAUACUGUAUUCAUAUUGAAUUUGUUUGAAAGUAAAUAUGCAUAUGUUUAUUUUGUGAUGCUUCAUAUGUUCAAAAUGUAUGGAUUAUGGAAUGUUGAAAAGACCCCUUUCUGGGCAGCAUAAUCUGAAAUACUGCAGGCUCUGUUUUAAUUAACAUGAAACCAGAUAUUUUAAUAAACUUAAGUAUUACAAAUCAGUUUUGUAUGGUAAGUCAUUGCCUAGGACCUCUAAAAUGCUGGAGAGUAAGUUUCAGUCUGAAUUAAAUUAGGAAACUAAAAACUAAAGCAAUGUAAAAUUUGUAUUGGGUGCAAGUAUUUUUAAUGAGUCUAACGCAGAAUUUCACAUUGCAGUUUUGCAGUAUCUGGUUGUACUUGGAGUUAUUUUUACAUCUCCAAAUUGUAUAUAUAGCAUUUACCAUAGCAGGUCUACACCAAUAAACUGUCAUUUUGACACAAAUUAAGGCUAAUGUACUAAUAUUUUAGUACUAUAAUUAUAAUCUGCCUUAUUUUAUGCAGUACAAUGAAAACUGUUUAUACCACUUUGUUUCAUGCAGUACAUUUAAAAUGCAGUUGUCAUCUUGUAGAAUUAUUUUAACAUAAGCUAUGAAAAUACACUGACCUGCUUUGUGAAUGAUCAGGCUAUUAAAAUAGACCCACAGAACUUCUUUCCAGGUGCACAAGGAAACCAAAAGAAUAUUUCUCCUUAAAACUAGGAAGGGAAACCUUAACUGAAAUUCACUGUUGUAGAUGGCAGUUCUGUGGGGCCCGAUUUAAUGUAUUUUUUAGUAUCCACAGCUUUGCGACAGCUCUUGAUGAGAGCAAAGUGAUGUAGUAGUCUCAUGUUGACACACAGAUUGUGCAGUUUUUAAACGUAAAGUCAACAAUAAACUUGAGCGACAGAAGGAGAAAUAAGAAAUUGGGCCUUGAGGUUGCCUCUGUUGCAGGAAAAAAAACUCGACAACUGCCUUCCACGGGAGUUGCUCGGAGUCUGUCCCCUGUUAAAGCUUCAAAGGCGUUUCGGCGGGAGCCGCCGCCGCCGCCUGAGGUAGCGCGCGGAGCCCCAUGGCGGCGGGGAGCAGCCGUGGGGACCCCGUGGCCCUGGGGCCGCCGCCUUCCCCGGCAGAGGGUCGCUGGGAGGACCGUGAGCUGAGGGCGCAGAUCCAAUUUAAAAUUCUGAGAGGACACAGUGAUACUGUGAGCUCCUGCCAUUUUUGCUUUGAAGACACAAAAAUACUGUCAUGCUCUUAUGAUAGAACAGUGAAGCUCUGGGAUGUUGAGAAAGGUUUUCCUAUUCAAGUGUUUGAAGAAGAACACACUGCCCCAAUUUCUGAGUGCAACUUGACUCCUGAUGACAGAAGAAUGAUAACAUCAUCAUAUGAUAACACGGUCAAGUCUUGGGAUAUGGAAACAGGAAAAAUAGUUGUAUGUAUCCUUUUGAAUGCAUCUUGCAGAAGGUACAACUGUAAAAUUCAGAUUUAUUGCUUUGUUAUUGAUAAAUAAGAAAACACAACAUUCUCUGUUAGCACAAUACAAUAUGCUUAGGGUAGGUAGGCUUGAUUUUUAGUCCUAGUUUUGGUACUGAUAAUUGCUUGAUCUUGGGUUAGUCUCUUGAUGAACAUGUCUCAGUUAUUUCAGAUACAAAUGGGUAUGAUAAUAAUAACCUGCCUCAGAAGAUACAUUUAAGAUUGAUUAAAUUAACAUUUUAGGAUUUAAACAGGGUGGCCUUGUCUAAUUUUAAGUUUAUUGCCAAAGCAAAAAUAGAAAAAUUGGAUAUAAAGACAGCUAUCAGCUUUUACCAAAACAAAGUAAUAACAGAAGCAUUCUUUCUGAAUCUGUUUACCCAUUAUAGAAAGUCUGUUGUAAAACUCUCUCUAACCCUCAAGCUGUUUCUAAAAUCUUUUAUUUUCUCUUUAGUGGACAGUAGAACAUGAAGGCAUUGUAACUUCAUGUAAUAUUUCUUGUGAUGGUAGAUAUGUGGUAUCUGGUUCAGACAAAGAAAAUACAGUAUAUGUUUUUGAUGCACGAAGUGCAACACUAGUAGCACAAAUGCAAGGUAAGACUUAGGACUUUUAUGUCUUGUUUAUGCAGCUCUUUUUUUUUUUUUUUUAAUUUCUUACAAAAAUUUGAGAAAAUUAAUUAAUUCAGUUCAAAUACCCUUACUUGAGAAAGGCAAAAGAAACUUAUCUGUAAGACAUUAAACCCAGUAUUACUCAGAAUAGGCUUAUAAAAAGGAGAUAAUGGGCCAAAAUUAGACUAACAGUGAUUCUUUUUUGAACGAUAAUUUCCCUUUUAAGGUAAUUUCUCUAGUGAGACCUCAGUCCUAUGAGGCUUCCACUCAGGACUACAGUUCAGGGAGUUUGCCAUUCCUGCAGAAUCAGCUUUAAAAUAUAUAAGCAGUCUUACAAAUGUUAAAUUAGCAUAUGGCUAAUGUGCUCUUGUGAAUCAGAGCCUGAUGGUAAAAAAAAAUUUGGAUUUAAAAAUAAAAAUUGCAACAAAUGGAUCAUAAUACCUUUAUUAGAAUACCUGUUUCUGUUAGAUGACACUAUCAGGCUGUAUUUUGUUUACAUUAUUUUAAUGGAGCUAUUUGCAUUCUUAAAGUAUAAUUACCUGCUUAAGUACUCCUAAGAGUCUAAGCAGUUAACUGUCAUUGGCAUUAGGGGGCCACACUUCCGGACUUAUUUUCAGGAAUGGAGCAGAGAAGUAAGUUACUACAAGGCAACAUGUGAAUUUACAUUAACUCUGUAUGUUGAGAGCUUGGGUCCAGGUUCAUAUUUCAAUACUAUCUGCAGUAACUAUGAGGCCUCUUUUUCACUGAGAGGUAGGUGAGGAGGUGUUCUAGCCAGUGAAAUAGCAAUUUUGAAAUUACGGUGUUUUGGAAAUAGACUGAUGCAUAGAUGCUAUGGGUAAUUCUGCCUAUCAGACCUGUGUUCUGAGAUCCAGAUGUAAUUAUUCAAAAUAACUAAUAGUCGCACCUGAUGUUUUUUGUAUAGGUCAUCACAAAAGUACAAUCACAAGAUGUUGUUUUGACCCUGAUAACCAAAGAGUGACUUCAGUAUCAUACGAUAAGACCAUAAAGCUAUG